AUGAUUUUAAAAUCAUUUAAUAAAAAUAAUAAAAAAUAUUAUAAUAGUAUAAAUAAAUAUUAUUCAACCAAUAAUAAUAAUAAUUUUAAAAAUGAUAUAACCACUAAAGAAAUUAGAGAAAAGUUUUUAAAUUAUUUCGAAACAAAUAAACAUAAAAGAUUACCAAGUUCUAGUUUAAUUCCACAUAAUGACAGUACUCUAUUAUUUACAAAUGCCGGUAUGGUACAGUUUAAGAAUCAAUUCACAGGUUUGGAAGAAUCAAAAUAUAAAUUAGUUACAACAUCACAAAAAUGUGUUAGAGCAGGUGGCAAACAUAAUGAUUUGGAAAAUGUUGGAUAUACAGCAAGACAUCAUACAUUUUUUGAAAUGUUGGGUAAUUUUUCAUUUGGUGGUUAUAACCAUUUUAAAAGAGAUUCAAUUCAACAUGCUUGGAACCUUUUAACUAAAGAUUUCGGUUUACCAAAAGAAAGAUUAGCCAUUUCCGUAUUGGAAGGUGAUGAAGAAUCUGCAUCUAUCUGGAGAGAUCAAAUUGGGCUUUCAAAUGAUAAAAUUAUGUAUCUAGGUAAAAAAGAUAAUUUUUGGUCUAUGGGGGAUGGACCUGGACCAUGUGGACCAUGCUCCGAAAUAUUUUGGGACCAUGGAGAAGGAAAAGAGGUUGAUGGCGAAAGAUUUUUAGAAAUUUGGAAUCUGGUAUUCAUGCAGUACAAUAGAAAUGAAAAAGGUGAAUUAGAAAAAUUAGCAAUGCCUUGUGUCGAUACUGGUAUGGGUCUAGAGAGAAUGGCAACAGUGCUUCAAGGAAAAACCACAAACUAUGAUAUAGAUCUAUUUCAAAAUUUAAUCAAUUCAUUCAAAGAGCAAGUUAUGAUCGACCCAACUAAAGCCUCACAUAUUAUAAAGCAAGAUCCACAAAGAGUUGAAGUAGCCUACAGAGUUAUUAUUGACCAUUUACGUUCAAUUUCAUUUUUAAUUUCAGAUGGUGUUAUUCCAUUUAAUAUUGGCAGAGGCUAUGUUCUUCGUAAAAUCAUUAGACGUGCACUCUCUUACGGAAAACUCUUGGGUUUUGAGGGUCCAUUCCUUUAUCAAUUAUUCAGUAUUUUAGAACAUGAGAUGGCCGAUACUUUUCCACAGCUCAGAGAACGUUCAAAUGAAAUUAAAAAUGUACUUUUAAAUGAAGAAACUACAUUCUACAAAGCAAUCAAAAGAGGUAUACCAUAUUUAGAGGAAAUGAUCGACAGAGGACAAUUAAAUGAAGAUAAUUUAUUUUUACUUUAUAAUACAUAUGGUUUACCAUUAGAAAUUUCAGAAGUUAAAGCAAAGCAAAACAACAUCGAAAUCGACAUGGAAAAGGUUGCAAAUUUAGUAGAUGAAACCAGAAAUCAAUCAAGAGCCACAUGGAAAUCAAAUGAAUCUCAACCAAAUACCAACAAUCCAUUGGAUGAAGUCAAGAAAUGGAAAAAUGAUAAUAUCUCCCCCAAAUUCAUUGGUUAUGAAACCACUUUAAAUGACGAAUCAUUAAUCACAAAGAGUUUUUUUGAUAACGAUAACCAUUUAGUUUAUUUAUCAUUCGAUAAAUCUCCUUUCUAUGGUAAAUCAGGUGGUCAAAUCGGCGAUACAGGUAUUAUUAAAUCAAAGAAUUCAAAUCAAAUAUAUAAUGUCAUCGAUACAAUUAAACCAUACGAUAACUCUUUGGUUUUGGUUGUAAAAUGGGACCCAACCAAACAACUUAUUACAAACGUUCAAGAUGAUUUAGCUGAGGGCUCAAUAGUUUCUUCCCAAGUCGAAAAAAGCGUUAGAAAACAAACUGCAAUCCAUCACAGUGCAACCCAUCUUCUUCAUGCUGCCUUGAGAGAAAUCAUUGGUAAAUCAGUAGUUCAGGCUGGCUCAUUUGUUGGUCCAAAUAUUUUACGUUUUGAUUUUACUCAUGGUAAAAAACUCAGUGUUAAAGAAAUAGAUCAAAUCGAAAAAUGGGUAAAUGAUGUAAUCGAUCAAGAUAUUUAUUUAGAAACACACGAAAUGCCAUAUAGCGAGGCUUCUAAAGGCGAUGCUAUUCAACUAUUUAGUGAAAAAUAUACAGAUUUGGUUCGUGUUGUUUCGAUCCCAGGUUUUUCAAAAGAACUUUGUGGUGGUACUCAUGUUGAACGUUCUUCUGAUAUACACCAUUUCAAGAUUAUUAGUGAAUCAAGUGUUGCUGCUGGUACUCGUAGAAUUGAAGCUAUUGCUGGAAAAGUUGCCACUGAAUGGUUUAAAUCUCACUAUAAAAUGGUUCAAUCUAUAUCUGAUAAUAUAAAUGUACCAUUAACAAAUUUCCAACCAUCUAUUGAACGUUUGGUAUCUUCAAAUAAACAAAAAGAAAAAGAAAUUGAAGAGCUCAAUUUAAAGAUUGCCCUUUUGUCUGCCUCCUCACACAGUGGUCAUAUUUGCGGUGUUGAAUGCGGCAGUGGUAUUGAUCACCCUCUUUCAAUCCAUGUUGUUGAUUGUGACGAUAGUAAAAUUUUAAAUGUUAUUGCAGGUAGUUUUUCAAAAUCAAAUCCAAAUCACAUAAAUAUAACUGUAUCAAAAAAAGGUAAAGCAAUAUGUAAUUUAGGUGCUAAUCAAGAACCAAAUAGUCUUAAAACUACUGCAGAUACUAUAGUUAAAAAACUUUUAUCAUCAUUAAAUUGUGGCGGAAAAGGAGGUGGAAGUAAAAUUUUAGCCAAUGCAACUAUUCCAUUAUUUAAUGAAAAUAUCUUAAGCUCCAUAUUAAAAUGGGGAAAUUGUAACAAGAAAUUAAACAAUUAG